CACUGUUCCGACGUUUUUCCUUCCGCUCUCCAUUGCUUUCUCCGCUGCUAUGGCAUCCGGGCUAGUUAGGCUGUUGUUGCGGGUGCCUGCCCGCCUCCUGGCACCAGCCAUCCCCGACCGAGUCUCGCCAGCUCGGGGGGUGAAGGACUUCCGCGCCGCCGUCCGCUUCCAGAAGGAGUUAGAGCGGUGGCGCCUGCUCCGGAACCCGCCGCCGCCCGUGCGCCGUUCAGAGAAGCCCAACUGGGAUUACCAUGCUGAAAUACAAGCAUUUGGACAUCGGUUGCAGGAAACCUUUUCCUUAGAUCUUCUCAAAACCGCCUUUGUUAAUAGUUGCUAUAUUAAAAGUGAGGAAGCCAAACGCCAAAAACUUGGAAUAGAGAAAGAAGCAGCUCUUCUGAAUAUUAAAGAUAAUCAAGAACUAUCUGGACAAGGGUCAUCUUUUUCACAAACUUGCCUCACACAAUUUCUUGAGGACGCAUUCCCGGACUUGCCCACUGAAGGCGUUCAAAGUCUUGUUGCCUUUCUCACUGGCGAGGAAGUCGUGUGUCACGUGGCUAGAAACUUGGCUGUGGAGCAGUUAACGCUGAGUGCCGAAUUUCCAGUCCCCCCGGCUGUGUUACAGCGGACUUUCUUUGCAGUAAUUGGAGCCCUGCUACAGAGCAGCGGACCUGCGAGGACUGCACUUUUCAUCCGGGACUUCUUAAUUACUCAGCUAACUGGAAAAGAACUCUUUGAGAUUUGGAAGAUAGUCAAUCCCAUGGGGCUACUGGUGGAAGAAUUGAAGAAAAGGAACAUUUCAGCUCCUGAAUCUAGACUUACCAGGCAGUCUGGAAGCACCACAGCUUUGCCUGUGUAUUUUGUUGGCUUAUACUGUGACAGGAAGUUGAUAGCAGAAGGUCCUGGGGAGACCGUCCUGGUUGCAGAAGAGGAAGCUGCUCGAGUGGCUCUUAGGAAGCUCUACGGCUUCACGGAGAAUAGACGGCCGUGGGACUACUCCAAGCCCAGGGAGGCUUUCGGAGCAGAAAAGACCCUCACUGCUGGCCAGCCGGCCGAAGCUAGAGGAGCCUGAAAUUUGUAAGCAAGACGAGUGUUGCGGGUGUUCAGAGCUGGACAUUGCUCAGAUGGUAAAGAAAUGCUUUGUUUCUCAUACUGAGUUCGUGAAAUUAAACUUUAAGUAUUCAUUGGGGAUGGUGUUUUCUUUUUUAAGUUUUUUAAAUCUUUUUUUUUAUGUUUUCCCAAUAAAUUUUUACUAGGUUCUUGAUUUUAUUAUUGUAUAUAACUUGUACAGUUAGGUGUAUUUUAUAUCCUUCUGGCUUUGAGGUACCAUAAUUUGAAUGUAUGUUUAAUGUGAGUGAACUUUGCUGUAAUACCAAUAAAAAAGUUAUUCUCUAAUUGUUCAAUUGCAGUUUGAUAUACCCAGG